UAAAACUAAAACACAGAGAAAUGGCCGAUGACACCCGUCCAAUUGAUCCUACUUGCCCUUGUAUGUUUAUUUCUUCUGCCACAGGUUUGUAAGAACUACACCAGGGCUUAUAUCCAUUGCCUUGUGACAAAAGAUCCUAUGGGUUCUCAGCUUCUGUCAUAUCAUAAUUUAUAUUACAUGAUGCAGCUAAGUAGGGAUCUACACUCUUCAAUAGUUGAGGGAAGGUUCCCAAAGUUUGUAUGCGACUUUCUACAGAAAAUGUUCCCGAAAGGUGAUGUUCCUGAAUGGGUAUGCAGUGCUAUGGAGGUGGCUGGAGUGGACAUCUCUUCCUGCUGUGCUCCAUUUUCAUCAUGCCAAGAAUAUGAUUCCAAAAAUGUGUCUGAAGAAUUAAAUGAGGUAAAAAUGAUGCAGACAGACAUGAAAGUUGCAUUGAAGUGAUAGGCAAAUUAGUUUAGAGUAUGAUUUCUUGCGGCAAAAAUUUUGUAUCCUGCUUAUGCUGCUUCAGACAAAAUUAAGGUUAAUAUCAUUUUUUUUCAAGAGAUACGCAAAUGUAUACACGAUGGAUAGAAUGAA